CUAGAAAUAAGAAAAAUUCCAAAAAAAUCCCCUUCUUUUUUCAACUCUUCAAUCGAAUUACUCAAUCCUCUUCUUCGUCAUCGUCACCAAUAAUCCCCCCAAAAUCCCUAGAAACAUUUUCUCUCUCUCCUAAAUCCAGCCCAUCCAUGGCUUCUCUCCCUCAUUUUUCCUAAAAAACACCUCACAAUAAUCCCUAAUUUAUCCACCGACGAAUUCAAUUUCACCUCGAAUUUCUCUCUCCUCUUUGCACCGCCAUGUCCGCCACCGAUGUCGAUACGACGGCGCCGUUGCUUCCCCCUCUUUCACCACCUGAAGGAGACCGUUCAUUUCAGUCACGUAGCCGGAGAAUUUCCGGCAGAGCAGGGCUACGUGGCGCGGCGAGGUUUCUUCGGCGAGCUAAUAGCCGGAGAUUGAUAUCCGAACAAUCGGUGAUGGUGAGAGAGUCUGCGGCGCAGCAAAUUGAAGAGCGUCAAAGUGAUUGGGCUUACUCUACUCCUAUCGUUAUUCUCGACCUUCUUUGGAACACGAUUUUUGUGUUUGUCGCUAUUGCUAUUAUGAUCUUAAGCGGCGAUGAGAAAUCGCAGGUUCCAUUAAGGUUGUGGCUUGUCGGGUAUGGAUUUCAGUGCAUUUUGCAUAUGGUUUGUGUUUGUGUAGAGUUUAGGAGGAGGAGAGAGGUUAGCAGGACUAGGUUUGGGUCCUCGGGUGGGUGGAGUGUUGGCGUUGGGCCGAGUUUGUCUUCAAAUUUGGCUUUGAAUUUGAAUUCUGAAUCAAAUCGGUCGAGCUAUGUGAAUUCAGCACAUUCGAGGUCGAAUUCGAGUUCUUCAGCGAGCUUAGAAGGGGAAUCCAUGGAGUUUCCUGUUGAGCAUCACCAGGAUGAGGAUAACACAAGCGUUGCAAAGCAUCUGGAGUCGGCGAACACAAUGUUCUCAUUUAUUUGGUGGAUCAUUGGAUUCUAUUGGGUGUCAUCUGGGGGGCCAACUUUAGCAGAUGACGCUCCUAUGCUUUACUGGCUCACUAUAACAUUUCUGGCAUUUGAUGUGUUCUUUGUUGUUAUCUGCGUGGUGGUGGCUUGCAUUAUUGGCAUAGCUGUCUGCUGUUGUCUUCCAUGUAUCAUUGCAAUUUUAUAUGCUGUGGCUGAUCAGGAAGGAGCUACAAAUGAGGAUAUCGAUAGGCUGCCAAGGUUCAAGUUCAGGAGACUAGGUCAAAUUGAAAAAAAGAGCGGUGAAAUCCAAGAGUCAUUUGGUGGAAUUAUGACUCAGUGCGGCACUGACCCGCUUAUCGAGCAUGCUCUUUCCGACGAAGAUGCCGAGUGUGUGAUAUGCCUUACAUCGUACGAGGAUGGGAGUGAAUUACGUGAACUUCCAUGUCAUCACCAUUUCCACUGUGCAUGCAUAGACAAAUGGCUUCACAUCAACGCAACCUGUCCCCUUUGCAAAUACAACAUACUCAAGAAUAGCUGCCAAAGCAGUGAAGAUGUGUAGAUAGGAGGUCACUUAUUGUGACUUCAGAUCAAAUAGAAGCUGCAACGCUUUGUUUCACUCCGUCUGUGUGCUUCGUACAUAUUUGGGUCCUGUAGACGUCCAAGAUUUCUCUUGUAAAAUUUCUUAUUUUGCUUAUGAGAGAUGUACAUGGUUUUGUAAGUUAUUGUCCUUGUGUAGAUGGAAAUUUAUUUGCUUGUUAUUAUAUUAUCAGAAAAUCCAGAUGUGUUGAAACAAGGAUUAACAUUUCAUCCCAAUUCCAUCCUCCUUUUGCCUCAGGAGCAUUUGUGGAAAAAGCUAGGGUGGUGAGUUUGGAGCCCUUUGAGAAGCACACUUUCGAUUAUUUUUGGUUUCAUCUUGCGAUAUCAACUCGUUUGUAUGUUUGUACGUCUAAGAUUCGAAUUUGUGUCUGUUAAUAAAGUCGAUAUUCCCAUACUUUAGGUACA